AUGAGUUAUGAGCCAGAAGCCUACGACGAGUUAAAGUCUCAAUCGUCACAAUCAUUAUCGAGCCAGUUGAGUAGGUUCGGAUCCCUGGCCUCGGGUAGCUGGGUACGGAAUCCUGUCUCGGGAAAGUCGCAGGGUGCUCAUAAUUUACCCACUGCUGUGGCGCCUUUGAUGUUUAUCGAUGAUCGGCGUCAGCAUAAGGAGCUCCUGUCUGAUGGAUGUUCCCUGGAAUCCACGGAAAAGGUUAAGUCAUCGAAGAGGGCCAAAAGGGCAUUCGAUACGUUCAAUGAUUACCUAGAUCGGAGGGCCCGUGCGCAAUAUGUGAGUCUUGCUGUCUGCUUUCUUUCUGCUCGCGACAUUUUGAAUGUCCCUCUGACGCGCGGAUUCAAAAACCGCUAUCUCGAUCCUAAUCACCCCGCCACCAACGGGGGUCUCAUCGGACUACUCUCCGGUGGCGUGCUGACUCCUGAUCCGGAGGCACGCAGACGCAAGGCCCUGCGGCGGGUCGAAGAAGAAGAGAAACAAGUACUAGGCCAGUAUUACCAGCAGAUGGACGGCAUUCGCAACCAGAACCAGUCCCGAUGGGAGAUCGAGAGACAGAUCCGGCAGUGUGAUGAGCAAUUUGCGCCACGGUUCGAGGAGUUCCGAGAGCGGAGACGAGAAGCACAAGGAAAACAGAGAAAUAUCCGUAAGGUGAGCAAGCCUUUUCCACGUAUAUAG